GAGCUAGGAGGGGACUAUAAUAACUAUCAUUCUCUCUCUCACACCAUAGUUAAAAUCUCUUUCUCUUUCUCUUUCACUUUCACUUUCCACCCAGCUUUUUCUCUCUGCUCCCCCUUCCAUGUUUGUCUAAACCCUAGAUCUGUCCCCCUCUUAGGUAGUAGCGAGUAAUAUACCCAACAAUCCUUCACACAGACACGCUUUUGCGCUCUCUCCCCAUACAUACAGUUAUUAUCUAUCAGUAUCUAUUCCUGUGUGUUGACGACUGAUAUCUUGUUUAUCUCUUUUCUUGCAGCUUUUUGGUGUGAAGUGGAAAGGAGAAAGGGAUAAAGUUCGGAUUUUUUUCUUGGUGGGCGGGUGGGAAAUGAGCGGGACUUCGACAUCGGUGUCGGGCGGCGGGGUGGGGUAUGGGUAUGGUUUCCGGCCGCCGUUCACGGCGGUGCAGUGGCAGGAACUGGAGCACCAAGCUAUGAUAUACAAGUAUCUGGUGGCGGGUGUACCCGUGCCUCCUGACCUGGUUGUCCCCAUUCGCCGGAGCUUCGAUGCUCUCUCCUCUCGGUUCUUCCAUCAUCCCACCUUGGGGUACUGUUCCUAUUAUGGGAAGAAAUUUGAUCCUGAGCCAGGAAGAUGCCGAAGAACAGAUGGGAAGAAGUGGAGGUGCUCUAAAGAUGCAUAUCCCGACUCCAAAUACUGUGAGCGCCACAUGCACCGUGGCCGCAACCGUUCAAGAAAGCCUGUGGAAUCUCAAUCUGCUUCCCAACCAUUGUCGACUGCCAUGUCACACGUUACUUCUGGGAGCAGUGUUACGAGUGGAAGUUUUCAAAGUACUGAUCGAAGCUUCCAAAACAUGCCAUUAUAUUCAAUCGCCAAUUCAGAAGGUCUAUGUUAUGGAAGCCCCGCAACUGCAACUAAGUUGCAGAUGGAAUCUGCUUCUUACGGGAGAGACAACAAGGACUUCUGGUAUACCCAUGGAAUGAAUCCCAAUGCGGAUGAACACAAUUUCCCGCCAGAAACAUCUGCGAGUGUGGGGAGUCUGGGGAUGGGGUCCAGUAUCGACAGCACAUGGCCUCCCGUGCAAUUCCAAGUCUCCUCCAGUCCCAUGUUGAAACUGAAAAACGAGUCUCUGUUAUUGGGCAGCUCAUCGUCCAAUGUGCAUCUGCCUGGCGGUGUGUAUGAGCCUAUAGCUGAUGCCACAAUUCCAAAACAGCGACAGCAGCAUUGCUUAUUCGGGAGCGACAUCAAUUCCCCUGGGACAGUAAAGCAGGAGCAACAGUCUAUGCGUCCUUUCUUCAGUGAGUGGCCUGCAACAAAGGAGUCGUGGUCCAACCUUGAUAGCGACGGAUCAAACAAAACACAACUCUCGAUAUCCAUCCCCGUGACCACCUCCGAUUUUCCUUCAAGAAACGCCAGUUCCCAAAAUGAUGCCUGAGGUGAACAAGACAACGAGCACGACAGAAGCUCGAAGCAGUCUGUGAUCUUGUGCUGACGAAUGAAUGAAUGAAUUUGCUCGAGUGAUCUUUGUGUACGUACGUUUUCGGUGGCUGGAACAUUAGCUGCAUUAUGUGUAAGGUUGUGUUGAACCAGUGUAAAGCAAAACCUGUUUCAUUGUAAGAACUAAUGGCAGCAGCUUCAUGUUUGCUGCACAGAAUAAAUGUGUUACCAGUAGUAGCACUGUGGUGUAAGAUUCUCAGGGGUGGUAUUGUCAAUUACUAGUAUGGUUCAUUUGAGAGGCAGUUGUACUGCUGGAAGCAAAUGUGUAACAUGUACUAUGUUGUAUCAAGGCACAAUUUGUGAGAUUAUAAGUUAAAUAAUCAAAUUUUCAUUAAUUUGGUUGGA